UUCCACAAGGUGCAUUCUAAGGCUUUGGCUGCACGCUUGUUAUUGUCACUACGGCAACGGCAUUAUUUAGAAUGCAUUUACUUUUAAAGGAACUAGGCUACAGUAAAGUCUUGGAUACGGUGCUACUUUGUAGCUUAGGAAUAGUAACUCUUACGGAGAACAAGGCUACUUGUAUAGCUCUCACGGUGCUACUUUGUAGCUUAAGGACUCGACUCUUACGGAGAACAAGGCUUAUCGUAUAGCUCUUACGGUGCUACUCUGAUUCUUAAGGAUAAAUCUUAGCACUCAGCUGGAACGGGAACAAGAGUUUGGACGGAAGACUUUGAAAGUCCGUUAUUACCGAGGGCUGGAAUUCUCUGACCGAAAUGUUCAGGCUUUUGUUUGGAUGGCUGACGCUACCGCAGGUGCUGCUGCUGGUGCUGCUGUGCGCGACAGGAGCUCAGGCCUUUACUGCCAGCACGAGCACUCCAACGGUGAAAGUCGAGGAGAAUGAGGGUGCGGAUCUGAAGUGCACCCACAGUGGAGACUUUGGGGCAGACGCCAGAGUGGAGUGGAAGUUUCAGGAUGUCAAAGCCACGCAGACGUCUCUGGUCAUUUACAAUGGACAGGCUACAGCUAGCUAUGUGGGUCGCGUGGUCCAGUACGCUGGGGGACUGCGCUUCAACAAGGUGACCAGGAAGGACACAGGCCUGUACAUCUGUUCUGUGGCUGGCAACGGGUUCUCCGCAGACGCCAAGGUCACCCUCAUAGUCUUGGUGGCUCCGUCUGUGCCCGUCAGUCGCAUCCCAGAAUCGGUGAAAUUGGGGACCAAUGUCAAGCUGACCUGCAGCGACAGCCAGGCUUCGCCCCCACCGACCUACAACUGGUAUAAGAACAACGAGCCCCUGCCCGUGGACCCCAGCAAGUUCCCCAACUUCCGUAACAUGAGCUACAAGCUCAACCCAGCCACUGGCACACUGGUCUUUCCCUGUGUGUCUCAGAUCGAUGAAGGGCAGUAUUUCUGCGAGUCCACUAAUACAGCUGGACCUCCCCAACGAUCUGUUGCCACCAAGAUGGCCGUCUAUGGAGUAAACACUGGAGGCAUUGUUGCCGGGGUGAUCAUCCUUCUGAUCCUCUUGGUGUUGCUCAUUGUCGGACUGUGGUUCGCUCAUCGCAAAGGCUACCUCGCAAAGGUGAAGGAGCGAGUGUCAGGAAGCAGCAGGAGGCAGCAGAACUCUGCAGUGUACCGCCCUACGUCAGACUACGGGGAUGACGAAGAGGGGGAGUUUAAGCAGAAGUCCUCCUUUGUGGUGUAGGAACACCAUUUCACCUCGCCCUACCUUGAGUGACAAUAAGCCAUACAUCAUGGACCAACCCAGGGAUACACCACGUACAACCAUUGAUCACGGACUGACGCAUGGAUGCUCAGACACGUAGAGUAGAGUAGAGUAGAGUAGAGUAGAGUAGAGUAGAGUAGAGUAGAGUAGAGUAGAGUAGAGCAGAGCUUUAAUGCCCCAGGGGGUCAAUUUAGCUCAAAACAGCCUAAAAUCAGGCUCAUAUCAGGGUUAGAUCAGGCUCAUAUCAGGGUAAGAUCAGGCUCAUAUCAGGUUAAUAUCAGGGCCAGUGCUAUCAGGCUCAUAUCAGGUUAAUAUCAGGGCCAGUGCUGUAUCAAAUCAGGACCUGAUCGUGGACAUGGAGAGUGAGCUUCAGAGUCACUGUUUUUUUUUGUUGAUAGAUAUUGUUUUUUUAAUGAUGGGAACGAUAGAAACUUUUGCACUGAUAUGUUUGUCUUCUGUGGAACUCCUGCCAUGUUGUAUCAAUGAUGUGAUAGACGCUAUGUGGCUUUUUAAAAAUAUAUUUUUAAGCUGUGUUUUUUUAGAGACUCCGAUCAUUUGUCCCAUACCUGCCCGCAUCGAAGGUGCAGUUAGUGCUCGUACACAUUUUCAAGCCCAUAGCAUUUUUUGUAACAUGCCAUCUCCUCACGAUCCUCUAACUGCUCAAACAAAAGUUUAUUCAUUAAAGGUAUAGUUAGUAAUCUUAUGUGAUUUCAAGCCCAUACAAAUGUUCCAAAUAUUCAGAUCCUCUCCUUACAGUCAGGUAGCUGCCCAUUCUGUGACAGUUUCUGUUACAAAACAUAUCUGUAGGCAGCCCAGGCUCUGAAAACUGGAAACAGACAAAGUGGAGGCAGCCUGUCUCCAAAACAAAUCUAAAUCUUGGAGUUUCUCUGGGAUUACUGAAAGGAGGGGUGAGCUACCUCUUUGGUGUGUUUCGUUUGAUCCUUGGUUAGAAUAUAAUGUACGUUUUUUUUGGACAAAAGCAUCAGAUUAUAAUUAUAAACAUAAACAGACUUCCUGGGCAAUCGCUGACUGUGCCUUUAAGCUUUCAAAAUACGGGUGAUUUCUGAAGCAUUCAGAUAGCCUGCUUGCUUGCGAGAGUAUAGCUUUUUAUAUAGUAACAUUUACUAAGUAGUUUGUCCCAUCACUGGUAGCUGCGCACAAGCUCCCAGCACAGGUUUUGGGUUGCCAGAUUUUAUGACAAAUGGGUCAAAAUGUUAUGAAGUGAUUGAUUUGCUGGAUGUAUUUCAUACACAAUCUGGCAACGUGGGAAAUGUCAGAUAAACAUACAAAACUAAAGUAUCUGUGAUCUUCAUAAUGAAGUGUAAUGGUCGUGUAA